GCAAUGUAUUCCCUUUCCCUACUUAAGUGUACUUAAAAGCAAACGCCACAGUGUGGAUGCUAUAUCCCCAGUUCCCAUAGAACCAUUCUAAGAUCACUGAAACAAAACUCAAACACCAUUUUUUGCUCAUCGAAAAAGAUAAGAAAAAGGAAAUACAAGAAAUUGUGUUAACUUAAUCGCUAUCCAAGAUUGAGAACCUCAACAUUCAGGGUCUCCGUAAUCUUUGCUCCGCCCCUGAUAGAACGUUACUACUGUUAAUUCGGAUUUGCAGUCGCUGUUAUUGUUGACGCCGAAUCUCUCUUCAAUCUUUCGUCAACGCCGAAUAAUAUUCUGAAAUAGGGUGAGAUGGAAGCUCAGGCGGCGGCUGCUUCUUUGAGUUCAUCAUUUUCCGUCAAUAACGGAAUCAUUCCCUACCAUUUUUGUCGUCUUCGCUCAAUUAAGAGCACAAAUGCCAGAAUCAAGUCUCCAAUUCCUUUUUCUGUUCGAGCUGCUGCAGUUAAUAACAAAGAUAACGCUGUGACAUUGCUUGAUUAUGGAGCUGGAAAUGUUCGAAGUUUGAGGAAUGCUAUUCAUCUCUUAGGCUAUGAAAUCAAUGAUGUGCAAGAACCUGAUGAUAUUUUGAAAGCAAAUCGUUUGAUAUUUCCGGGUGUUGGAGCAUUUGCAACGGCCAUGAAUGUUCUCAAUGAAAGAGGGAUGGCUGAGGCUCUAUGUGAUUAUAUCAAGAAUGAUCGCCCUUUCUUAGGCAUUUGUUUAGGACUGCAACUGCUUUUUGAAUCUAGUGAGGAACAUGGACCAGUGAAGGGUUUGGGUUUGAUACCUGGUGUUGUUGGACGCUUUGAUUCCAGUCAAGGUUUAAGAGUACCACAUAUUGGUUGGAAUUCUUUGCAAAUCAGGGAGGAUGCUGGAAUCUUAGAUGAUGUCGCAGGCCGCCAUGUAUAUUUUGUCCAUUCUUAUCGUGCCGUGCUUUCGGAUAGUAAUGAAGAGUGGGUGACUGCAACUUGCAACUAUGGAGACAAAUUCAUUGCCUCUAUAAGAAAAGGAAAUGUUUACGGAGUUCAGUUUCACCCAGAGAAAAGUGGAGAUGUUGGUCUUUCUAUAUUAAGACGUUUCUUACACCCAGAGUCUUCUGUAUCAAAGAAACCCGCCGAAGGAAAAGCAUCAAAGCUGGCAAAGAGAGUGAUUGCUUGCCUUGAUGUGAGGGCUAAUGACCAAGGAGAUCUUGUUGUGACAAAAGGAGACCAAUACGAUGUUCGAGAGCGGACAGAUGAAAAUGAGGUAAGAAAUCUUGGCAAGCCAGUUGAACUUGCUGGACAAUACUAUAAGGAUGGUGCUGAUGAGGUCAGUUUCCUCAACAUCACAGGUUUUAGGGACUUUCCAUUGGGCGACUUGCCAAUGUUGCAGGUUUUGAGAUUUGCUUCAAAAAAUGUUUUCGUUCCAUUGACUGUCGGAGGUGGUAUCAGAGAUUUUACUGAUGCACAUGGAAGGCACUACACUAGUUUGGAAGUUGCUUCAGAAUAUUUUAGGUCAGGCGCGGAUAAAAUAUCUAUUGGUAGUGACGCUGUUUAUGCUGCCGAAGAAUAUUUGCAAACUGGAGUUAAAAGUGGAAAGAGUAGCCUGGAGCAGAUUUCUGAAGUUUAUGGCAAUCAGGCAGUUGUGGUAAGUAUUGAUCCUCGUCGAGUAUACAUAAAUUCUCCUGAUGAUGUGCCUUUCAAGUCUAUUAAGGUGACGAAUCCAGGUCCAAAUGGUGAGAAAUAUGCUUGGUAUCAGUGCACGGUUAAUGGUGGAAGAGAAGGUCGGCCUAUUGGAGCGUAUGAACUUGCAAAAGCUGUACAAGAGUUAGGAGCCGGUGAAAUAUUACUGAAUUGCAUAGAUUGUGAUGGUCAAGGAAAAGGAUUUGAUGUAGACCUUGUAUCGCUCAUCGCUGAUGCUGUUAACAUCCCCGUAAUUGCAAGUAGUGGGGCUGGUGCUGCUGAACACUUCUCAGAGGUUUUCAAGAAAACUAAUGCUUCUGCUGCUCUUGCUGCUGGAAUAUUCCAUAGAAAAGAGGUACCAAUUCAAUCUGUUAAGGAGUAUUUGUUAAAAGAAGGCAUUGAAGUCAGAAUAUGAUGGGGACUAAUUGCAAGAAAUCCUUUUCGGCUACAAGUCAAAUUUGAAGUCGAAGUAAUAGCGUAUGUUGUACUAAUUCGCUGAUGUUUUAUAAUCAAGUUUUCCCGGCUAUAUUGCUUUUGUUUAAGACUUAAGUCCCAUACAAAAUGACCAACAAUGUCAAAUUGGGCAUAAAUUAUAACGUUUUGAAUUAAUGUUUUUUCAUUGGGAGAGGAGAGAUAGAAAUAAGGAAGUUUUGAAUUGAGUUGUUUGAGUUCAAACCUUCAACUUUUAUACUUGGAGCAAUUUUUGAUCUUUUUGCAUAUGAUCACCAAUGCAAAUUAGUAAUCCUCUUGUCUACCAA